AUGAGACAUAAAUUAAUAUUAACUACUUUAUCAAUUUUAUAUUUAAUUUUAUUAAUAUUAUUUUUAAAUUCAAAUCCACAUAAUUUUAUCUAUAAAAAAUUUUAUCCUAUAAAUAAUUAUUAUAAACAAGUAAAACAUUUUAAAUUAAAUAAUAAAAAUAAUGAUAAAAAAUAUGGUAUUAUAUCUGUUGUUGAUGAAUUUCGUCCAGAUUCUUAUAAACUUGCAACAGAUACUGUUCAUUGUUAUGCACAUGCUUACAAUUAUACAUAUUUUAUAUUAUCAAUGAAAAAUGAACCACAAAUAUCAAAAAUAUGUACUCAACCUGAUAUUAUGUUUGUUAGGCAUUGUUUUUUGGCAGAAUAUUUAGAAUUACAUAAAGAAAUUGAUUAUGUAUUAUUUAUUGAUGCUGAUACUGUUGUUAUGAAUCCCUAUCAUACAUUACAACAAUUUUCACCUAAAGAAAAUGAAGAAUUUUUAUUAUAUUCAAGAAUUUUUAACUAUGAAAUUGCUUGUGGAAGUUUUUUUUUUAAAAAUUCAAAUUAUAGUAGAAAUUUAUUAAGAGAUUUUGGAAAUUUUUAUUAUAAUCUUCCUAAAAGUAUGCAUGGUUCUGAUAAUGCAGCAAUUCAAGCAUUAUUUUUAGAAAAAUAUGUUAAAAAUCAAUUUUUAGAAGAAAGAAAAAUUUGUUAUAAUGUAUGGAAUAAAUCAAAAAAUUGGGAUGAUAUAUGGGAUUUUGAAGCAUGUAUGAUAAAUUUAUUAGAAAAAGCUUCUGAAACACCUUUAUCAACAAAAUUAAUGACAUUUGAUGAUGGCAAAGUUGUUAUUGUUGGUAAAGAAUCAGAACGUAGAUGGAUUAGAGAUGGUUCAUUAACAAAUAGUUUAUUUUGUAAAAAAGAUUUUCUUUUUCAUGGAUAUAAAGGUUUACAAUCAUCAAUGCCUUUUUUAGGAAUUAAUACAUUUGUAUUUAAUCCAGAAGAAUGUAUUAAUCGACCAUUACCAUACUUAUGGAGUUUCAAAAAAGAUAGUAUGAUUGAAUGUUCAUAUAGAGAUGAAAUGAUUGGUAAUACAGUAAAACAAACAAGGAAAGAAUUUUUUAGAGAUUUAAAUGAUAGCGGGUAUUUAAGCAAAUAUAAAAACUAA